AUGGCAGUGUUGGGACGAUGCAGCAAACCGAUAAGGAGGCAGUUAACAAAGAGCGACGUGAAGGUAGAUCAAAACAGGCUUAUGCUAGGUCAAGUGCAAGUGGAGAAAAACUUUUUACCUUUUCUUGAAGAGUCAGAUACUCUGCUUGGGAAAGAGGGAAUUAAGGUUUCGGUGUACGGACCAGACGGGAAGGUUCAUGAGACGAUGUUCAAGAUGUGGAACGAGAAGACACCUGUGUUGACGUCAGGAUGGAACACGUUUGUGAAAGAGUAUCAACUCAGUAUGUAUUGUGAUUUUCUAACGGUUUUGAUGUUUAGGCACAAGGAGACUAGUGAGAUUUGUGUCUCUAUUGACUUCACUAGGCAACAUGUAGUGAGACAGUUGAGUGAGAGGAUCUCAAAGAUUGUCUUCAAAGUUGAGGAUUAG